AUUUAUAUAUAUAUAGAGCACCUAAAAAAUGGAAUCAUUAGACAAUUAACGAGUGUAUCAAUGAAGAAAUAGGAAAUAUUUACCCGAUUCAAUAUGGAUAAUUUUAAACUAAAAAUAAUAGGAUUGUUCUUAUUAAAUGUCAUAAAUUUGGUUAUUUCCGAUCAGUUGGAGACUGAUUCGGUGUCCAAGGAAGGAGACCAAAUAUUUAUCAACUAUGACUGCGAAGGGAAUGGUGAUCACAUACCAAGAGAAUUGCACGUGGAAAAAUAUGGCGACCAUAUUGGAAUAGGCGUGAGUUUGUGUGAAUUUUUACCACGGCGACAAAUCGGAAUUUAUUACAAGAAUAAUAAAUUAGUAGUGACCCAAUACAAAAUGCGUGACGAGCCGACGUGGAUAAAUAAAAAAUAUAAGGAACAUGAUUUGCAAAAACGUGUACCUGAUCACACGAUGAUUAUACUGAAUCCAUCGGAAAUAAAUCCAUCUAAGGCUUUGGCAAUUCAUCAUUAUGAUAGAUACAUUUAUGUUUAUCAAGGUAAGCAACCUGAAAGUGAAACAACUAUCAGCGCUGACGAUUCUGAAGAAGAAGAAGCAAAAUUAUUUGAACCUGAUUGGCAUAGGAGAGUAGGAAGUGAUUGGGAGAUAUGUGCUGAUAAAACAGAUUUUAAAUUAUAUAAAUUCGUACAGAUAUAUUAUCGUGACGAUGAAUUAUUUAUAUCCCAACGUGAUGCGCCGCAUAUUAGUAAUUCUAAUAAUGAUACUACAGCAGCUGACUUGCGAUAUGUCGGGUCUGAUAAAACUAAAAUUUUUCUUGAUCCGAAGAAAAUAGAUCCUAAGAAAGAAAUUUGUAUACAGCAUGGUAAUAAUUCUAUUUAUAUUUAUCAAGAUAGAAAACCUGAUUUAAGCUUACGUGAAAAUAAACCUGAUGAAAUUAAAUAUUUACCCGAAGAUUCAAAUCCCGAUGUCAGGAAGGAAAAUCCUAGAGCUGAAAAUGGUAAUGAAGUAUCUGCACCUGAUAUCAAUAGUAAUAAUGAUAAACUACCUGUGCCUGAAAUCACUAACAUAAUGCCUGAACCUGAUGAGGAAGGAUCUAAAUCUGUUAUAGACAUUACUUUUAAUUCUGAAGAAACGCUUAACAUAGGCGCAUUUGAAUUCGAUAAAGAAAAGGUAUUUUUGAUAUUAUUUAAAAAUAAUAUGAUGAAAGUUACACAAGUAGAUACACCUAAAGAAUGUUAUUUAUCUGAAGAUAAUGUUGAUAAAUUGAGUAUAAUAACAUCUGAUGAAAAUAAAUUGGUAGUACAUCCUAUUACAUUGGAUCCAAGAGCUGAACUAAAAAUACGGCAUGAAAAUGGCAAAUUAUAUCUUUGGAUCGGAACUUAUGAGUUACCAAAUGUUAAUACAGAUCAGCCUAACAGUGUUGAGGCUGUGGAACGAGAUAGUGUUAUUAAGGAUUUUGACAAUAUCAGAACUAUAGAUGACAAUUUUGAGAGUGGAAAAGUAUAUGUUUUACUACCUAAAGUAUUCAAUGAAUUCAAUUUAGUUUCAAUAGCAGUUGAUAAUAGCAGUGACUUAAAAAUAACACAAAUUAAUACACCUCAAGAAACAUUAGAUAGGCCGGACGAAUACCAAAACUUUAAAAUAGAGACAUCAGAUAAAAAUACUUUGUUACUACACCCAAAAAAAGUUCAUCCUUAUAGAUAUCUUCAUAUAAAACAUGAUAAUGGAUUAAUAUAUGUUUCUUGCGGUAAUCCCGAAAUUCCAUUCGUUAAUACUGAUGUAUCUGGGAUUAUUGAAAUUGUUGAAUCAAAUUCAAUAGUAGAUACUGGACGUUGGUGGCCUGAUUUUACUAAAACGUUACCUCAACCUGAAAUUACGGAGGCAGUGCCGGAAUAUGGGGGACCUGAACCUGAUGACAAACAACCUGCCCAUAACAACGGACCAUUAAUACCUGAAUCUGAGCAGCCAGUGCCCAAAUAUACAGGACCUGAACCCGAUUCUAAACCUGACCGUAAUAACGGGUCAUCAAUACCUGAAUCUAAGCAACUAGUGCCUGAAUAUACGGGAUCUGAACCUGGUUACAAACCUGGUCGUAAUAACCGGUCAUUAAUACCUAAACCUAAGGAACCAGUCCCCGAAUAUACGGGACCUGAACCCGAUUACAAACCUGACCGUAAUAAUGGGUCAUCGAUACCUGAAUCUAAGCAGCCAGUGCCUGAACAUAAGCAACCUGAGCCUGAUUACACGUCGUCUGAUCUUUAUGACGAAAAACCAAAACCCGAUAACAAACCAAAUGAGCCUAAUGAUCCAACAAUUGAAGAUUUUAGUAAAUCUAGUGAUGAUUCAUUGCCUGUAGUACUCACUCCCAAUAUGUUUAAUCUAAAUAAAUUGGUCGUAAUUUCCCAUAAGAAACAUAAAAUAAAUAUUUAUCAAACCGAUCGAGACGAUAACGACGAUGAAGAUGACGAUGAUGAUAAUUCAGGAUACACCGAUUUACAUUACUCAAUACCCAAUACAUGGAAAGCAGUAUCAUUUGAUCCUCGUAAAAUAAAUCCCAAUAAAAAGAUUGUUAUUUACUACGUCAAUAAGACAACUUAUGUAAGUACUGCAGAGUGAUAAAAAAUUAUUAGGCUGCCAACAGAUGGUGUCUUGCAAGUAGCACCAUCUAUUAGAUCCCCCUGUAAUUAACCAUUUUUGGGGGGUAUAUUGGCCCUUAAAAUUGUAAUUGAGAAAUUGUUAUUAUGCGCAAAA